GCGUUGAUCGUCACUAGCGAUUUGCUGAGCUAUUGCUGUAUAGUAACACUGCGAGAUAGCGCCCUGUGUUGUGGCGUUUGAUGUUGUGUGGGAGCACCGCUAACGUGGUCGUGGCCACGGCAGCUGAUGGACGCCGACGAUAAGGCGCUGCUAUGCGGAAGCUGGAACAGGAAGCUCCGGGCUAAAAAGUUAACGAUGCUAACGUGCUAGCACAGCUGUAUAAAGGCGUUCUCUGUUGAUAUUUAACGAAGUGGGGUUGAUGGAAAGCGGUUUUAUUACAUUCAACUUCAACUAGCUGGUUUGAUCAGAUCUAACCGGACCAGGGACUGACCGGUGGGGGGAAGCUAACCUGGCUGACGGUGCAGUUCAUCUCUGCUGAACGACUGCCUGUCCAGUCAUGGAGGAUUCCAGCCGCAGCAAGCCGGUCAUGGUGACGUCCUCUCUGAACUUCAAGGUCACCACGCCGUCCUUCUACAACCAGCCAAAGAAGUUUGCCUCAGUAGCACCGCCGCGACCCAAAAGUGUCACCCCUCCCACGGCACCAUCGCCCACCCCAGUUGGCACGGGGGUGAUCGGACGGGUGGGCGACCUUCCCCCGCCUCCCCCCUCACUCUGUGACGACUUCCCUCCUCCCCCUCCACCUCCUCCGCUGGACGACGAUUUGCCAGCUCCUCCACCAGAAUGUCAGGUCGCCUCCGCCGCCUCAGAAGACCUCCCCUCUUUCCCAGCUCCGCCUCCUGUCGCGGACGAUCUGCCUCUCCCAGCCCCCCCAGAGGAUAGCACCUGUCUGCCCACCUGCCCGUCUCCACCGCCUCCCCCGCCCCCUCCGUCUCUCUCCACCACCGGCCCUGCUGGGACCCCCCAGCGGCUGAUGGAGAAGCAGACGAGUUUCGACAAACAGCUGGACUCUCUGACUGACCUUCUGUCCGAGAUGGAGACCAGAGGACCCUUCAACCCCAAGCUACCGAGCCAGUAUUCUGCAGCACCAGCACCCAAACCAGCCGGCCCUCCCCCGACGGCCCCUAAACCAGCUCUGUCCUUCCUCCCACCCCCAGAGAUGGGCGACCGGCCUCCCCCGGCGCCCUGGGCCGAAGAGCUGAAAGCCAGAACCAACCGACAGGCCAACCACAACAACGCAGCACCAAACUCACAGCCUUUUGCGAAACCAGCAGCUGUAGCUCCAAAGUCGGGUUUCCCCGGGAGAAGCUCGUCGUCCUCCCUUGCACAAAAACUCAACCAGAACCUGAACCAGACUUCUGGGCUGAAACCCUCCCCAGCCAACAGCUCCUUCCCUCCGCCGCCUGCAGCUCCACCUGCAGCUCCUGCUCCAGCCGCGCCGGCACCCAAUCAUGUCAAGGCUGCUCCGUUCGUCAGUCACGUUAAUGUGAACCAGAACCUCCCUCCUGCUGGGACUCCCCCUCAGAACAAAACUCCAGCUGCCCCAUCACCUUCCACCUUCAGCCAGGCAGCCAAGUCUCCACCUGCACCUUCGCAGAAACCGUCUUCGCCUCCUGGUCCGGUCGCCGUGCCUGGUGGAGGUGUUCCCCUGAACAUGAGGGAAGUGGAGGAGCUGGAGAGGAUGACCAAGGACUUCAUUAGAGACAUGGAUACCCAUGCACCGGUCAUUGUGUCACCCCCUACAGAGGUGUGCGGGAAGUGUGGUGAGGCUCUGUCCCGCACGCAGCCGGCAGUGAGAGCCAUGGACAAGCUCUUCCACUCCAACUGCUUCUGCUGCAUGAGCUGCCACCGCCCCCUGCAGGGCAUGCAGUUCUACGACCGGGACGGGGCGCCCCAGUGUGAGGACUGCUAUAUGAGCUCUCUGGCUGUGUGUUCUCGAUGUGGCGAGCGGAUCACUGACCGCGUCCUGAAGGCGGUGGGUCAGUGUUUCCACGCCCACUGCUUCCGCUGCAGCACCUGCUCCUGUGUCCUGGAGGGGGCGCCCUUCAUCACAGAUGACAACAACAACCCCUACUGUGUCCAGGACUACCACCGCCGCUUCUCUCCUCUGUGCGUCAGCUGCAACGAGCCCAUCAUUCCCGCCCCGGGCAGCGAGGAGACGGUCCGAGUGGUGGCUCUGGACAAGAACUUCCACCUCAAGUGCUACCGCUGCGAGGACUGCGCUCGACCUCUCUCCAUAGAGGCGGAUGAAAACGGCUGCUAUCCUCUGGACGGUCGGAUCCUGUGUAUGAAGUGCCAUACCCAGCGAGCCAAACAAGCUGCUCAGUGAUUUGUCGAAGCCCCUCCCCCUUAAAGCACAGGUUGUCCCUCAGCUGCCUUCCCGCCCACUCCCCCGUCUUUCUCCUGUGAGUGUGAAGAUGUUUGCAUGCAGUUGUGGUCUUCUCUCCCGUGCAGAGGUAAUGUUCUGCACCGCACCUUCCUCUCCACGAGUCAUUCCUGCGACAAGUGUUCUGUGCCAGUUCUGUUUACUCUUCAGCAUAUCUUGCACAACAAUCGCGGCAUAGACGGUUGCCUUUGUUUUUUUAGUAGCAACUGUUUGACUAAAGCCUUGCUGAGCCUUACAUAGACCGUCGCGGAUCAGUAUUCAGGAUCAAUUUAGGCCACGCCCCCCAGGGUACGUCACCCGAUGAUCCCACCUCUAUGCCUGUGAGCAUGCUAGCUGCUGCUUCUCUCAACAGUCACCAGACCAGUCCACUCAUCUAAAAAAAAAUGAAAGUGAAUGUCGCUCAGAAGAUGUGAAUCAAGUAAAAUCGCACGCGUAACCAGACCAUUCCUCAUCAGCCGGCAGUGUUGAGAGUGUUUAAGCACAUGCGCAGAUCAAGCACAGAGUAACCAGCACGUUGCCUCCUUUUGUAUUAAAGGAUUCUUGCAGCAUGGACGGAGGACUUCCUAAACAAGUGUAGCACAAGUCCCCACCUGUCCGUUGUGUAGUCAUGAAACACUUUAUCCAAAAGAUGAUUUCCUCCACUCUAAAUGUGUGUAUCAGUUCCACUAAGACACCAACAUGCUGAGGACCUGCACCUCUGUGCUCUGAGCCACAGAGGUGUAUUGUUGCGCUGGAAACACCCUUUCUCGUUCGCUCAAAUUGCUUUGAUGUAUCGGUUUGUAAAUAUGCAUCACUCUGGUCAUAAUUUUGCUUACUCCAACCUGUGUUUUUUGUGCGUCUUUGAUGCUCACUACAUGCAUUUCUAAGCAGAUUGAUGAGUUCCCACUCAAGUUUCUCGGCUCAGAUGAAUCACUUAUUUGGUGUGAGAAUCUGUAUUCUCAUGCUUGAAAUAUGAUUUGUGACAUGCUAUUGUCUCAGAGAAAGCUUUUUGUGAGUAGCAUUUAAUCUGAGCAGGUUUCUUAUGAUCCGAUUUUGUAUUCCCUUGCUCAGAUUAUUCAUAUCAGCUCUCACAAUAUGCCUUUUUGUGCUCAGAUUAUGAGUUUCUGUCGUCUCUUGGUGUGCAAUUUGAAUUCAACACAAGUGAUGGGGUGCUCAUCUCCGGCUCUCCUGUGCUCAGAUUAUCAGUUGCUUGGUAUUUCUAGUCUCUACUCCUUUGAAACACAAUUAACUGUGACUGACCAAUUCCAGUCGGAAGUGUUGUUUCCUCCUUUUACUAAUCACUCUGUACGGUUCCGCUCUGAUGAUGUAAACUCCAGACCGGCGCUGUGGUUGUGUGGAGUUUUACAGCAACUGAUUCCUCAUCCAUACCACUAUGGCUGAUGAUACGUCUCCUGCUGCUCCUCUUCCUGUCGAAGCUUUCACACACAGCAGCUUCAGAUUCACACCGAACCAUGAUGAUUCAGAGUUGCAUGCUGCUCGUGUAGGCGGUGACGCUGAUGUUUCCUGUCGUACUGUUUUGUACCAAAAACCCACCUGUGUCCUCUGGAUGUGAUGAUACAUUUAAGACGAUGCCUUCACAGUUCUCUGUUGUGCCAUUGUAUCACGUAAAGAUGCCUUUCAUAUCGCUUUUAAAUAAAUUCCUCUUUUAUAUGUGUGACUGCUCCAAACAUUAUUCCCCAUUUUGGCUGUAUUAAAAGAUGAAUAAACAAAUAAGAGAAUUCA